UGUGUUUCUCUCCGCUGAGCAGAGCGACGCUGACACCGGCGUAAGUUGGUUUUGGCCGCUGCGCACUCGGUGAUCUGUCUGCUCUCAGGGCUCCCCAGCUGGGGUAUGUCUCCGCCAUGUUCGACCUAAACGGCGGCUGGAAUCUAUCUUUCGCGGGGUGCGGGUUCCUGGGGAUUUACCACAUAGGAGUUGCCAGCUGCUUGUUGGAGAAAGCGCCGUAUCUCGUCAAGGGGGCCACCAAACUGUACGGGGCCUCUGCCGGUGCUCUGACCGCCUCGGUGCUCGCCAGCCAGGCAUCGAUAACUAAAUGUUGUGAAGAUGUGAUCGAGGUGGCAAAGGAGGCCAGGAAGAGAAACCUGGGUCCCCUUCACCCCACAUUCAACCUGGUCAAGGUGAUAAAGUCGGGCUUGAAUCGCGACCUGCCCUCUGACGCACACGUUCUGGCCUCUGGCCGGCUGUGUGUCUCGCUGACCAGAGUGUCUGACGGGGAGAAUGUGCUGGUGUCAGAGUUUAACUCCAAGGAGGAACUCAUUCAGGCGCUGAUCUGUAGCUGUUUCAUUCCCAUCUACUGCGGGCUGAUUCCUCCAUCCUUCAGAGGAGUGCGUUAUGUGGACGGCGGGAUCAGUGAUAACCUGCCGCAGUCGGAGCUGAAAAACACCAUCACCAUCUCACCAUUUUCCGGCGAGAGCGACAUCUGUCCCCGUGACAACUCCACAAGCUUCCACGAGCUGCGCUUCACCAACACCAGCAUCCAGAUGAACCUGGGCAACAUGUACCGUCUGAGCAGGGCCCUGUUUCCUCCAGAACCCAAGAUACUGGCUGAGAUGUGUCAGAGCGGUUAUAAGGACGCUCUACGCUUCCUUGAAGAAAACAACCUGCUGAUGCUGGAGCGUCCAACUCCUGGCCCCGCCCUGCCUGAGAGCACCCCCACCUGCUGCUGCAAGCAUACCGAGACAACCAAAGAGUGGGUGCUCCGGAGGCUCCGCCUACUGCGGAAACAGCACUGGUGGUUGGAUGAGCAGAUCGUUCUGCCUACGCCAAUCAAGAAAGUGUUUUGCGAGGCCUGCCAAGACAAAUCUGGCCUGUAUGCCAAGGUGUCUGAGAUGCUGCCAGUGAGAGUGGCCUCCUACAUGCUCAUGCCAUACACACUUCCUGUACAGUCAGCCUACUCAGUGGCCCAGAGGUUUGUGGAGUGGAUCCCAGAGGUGCCAGCUGAUGUACGUUGGCUGUUCGGGGUGGCUGGUGAUGUGUACCGACAGGCCUGGAAAGGAGAACCGGCCGGCUCCAUCAGUGAGCCGUGCCUGAGAAAAUGCUUGAGUGUGCCGCCUCUACCCCUGGAACGUGACAAACCCAUGCAGAGAGACAACCUGCCAGCUCUUUCCUCCCUUGACCUCCACGGCAACUACUGGGAGAUCCACAAAUCUACCUCCUCUUUGUCCUCCUCGUCCCAGCACCACCAUCACCCUCACAUCACCCCCUCCUCGCCACAACAAGUCUGCUUCUUUGUCGGCUCACAGGAUGAAACCUCGCAGCCAUGAACAGCAGCUUAACUGCUCUGCACUUGCACUCUUAACAGUUUUGUGAUCAAAUUUCCACUUUCCGUAAGGAAAGGUCUACUGAUGAGUAGGAAAAAGUCUGAACCAAUAAGCAAUGAUGUGUAAAUGUCUGCCACAUUGACUCUGAACACUCCUGACAGUACAACGUGUAUUAUGUGUAUUAUAUUCUAAUGAGGGCCCAGGAAGACAGCAUUGCAACUUACUCAGGAUCAUGGAUGUGUGUUAUGACCUGUGUUAAUGUACAGCACAGAAAUGUCUAGUUUUACAGUCUUACGUCAAACCCUACCUACCUGCUCUUUUAAAAUGUGCUCAAUGUAGCAUUCUAAUGCAGUUAAUUCUGUCAUGAGUUCUUGGUCUCUCCAUAAGUGGCUCUCUCUCUCUCUGUCUUAUUUGUCCAUCUGAUUAUGUAUUUUAUUUCUGACGGUUGUGUGAAAUCUCCAGGCGCCAUGUGAUGGCAUUGUGGUUGAUAUGGUGCUGCUUCUGGCAGCCAUUGGAGGUCUGCCAGCCGCAUUUCUGAACAUUAUUAAUCUCGCCAAAAAUGGCUAAUCUGUGUGCUGUUUUAACAAAGAGGUAAUUUUUUCCACUAAUCUGACCCGUUUUAUUUAUUCAUUCACGGUAUUCAUUUGUUAGCUAGUUAAACACACUAACUAUUACUAUCUUCUGAUUUGUGCUAUAAGGUCAUUAGUUAAUAUCCUUGUCCCAAAUUAAAAUUGAAUAGUUCAGUGAAGGAUUGUUGAAGGAUUAUUACCAGCAUUACAGGUGCACUCACUGUCAGUUUCACCUCCAAAUAAAGUGACCUAGAUAACCUGACUAAAUUGGCUUGUUUAACUGGGAGCUCAUAUUCCUUGACCUGUCAGACCAACAGUGCUCUGUUACCAGAUGUCAAAUUUGACUUUUGACCUUAAUGACUUCCCUAAAACUGAGCUCCGACUGUCGUCACACCCACUGGCUAGUAGGCGCUUAGAAUUGACGGAAUGAUGAAUGCAGCCAAAAACAGAGAGGUCCUUGAGGAAAACCUGCUCCAGAGUGCACAUGAACUGAGACUAGGCUGAUGGUUCACCUGUCAGCACGACAUUGACUCUAAUCUGUAUUGAUGCCAAUACAGACGCUACUGAAUUAAGCCUCUUAAUACCUUUGUAAAUGAGAGAUUUGAGGUUUUGAAUUUUAAUAAAUUUGCAAAAAAUUCUAAAAA